UUCAAUAUUUAUCGUCUUAUGUAGACAGUACAAGAUGUCGAUUCUACAUGUUAGGGUUUUGUCGGCGUUCUCAUAGAUUUUUAUAAUACUUUUUAGCAGAGGAGUUCGUUUUUUAGUUUUGUUGCUUCAAAUAAAGGUCUCAUUGGUGGUCACUUAAUCUUUUAAAUACCACUUUAGUUUAUUCUCAAAUUUUCAUUAAAUUUUCAAUGGAAUCAGACGUUGAUUUUAGAUUCCUUUGAUUUUUUGGGGGUUGUCUUUCGUGUCUAGCAUUCGAGGAUUUAGUGUAUAUGUGGCUGAUGCUUCAUUCAACAAUUAGUUUUUGAAUUUCAGAACGCGGAAAUAGAAUAGACCACAAAAGUGACAAGAUGGUUUAUUUGUCUAAUCUUCCUUGGGAAUUGAAAUGGAUGGAACUGAAGGAUAUUAUUCGAGAGAAAGCCGGCGAGGUAAAUUUUGUUGAAAUGCUUGAAGACAGAGAUGGACGUUCAAAAGGAUGUGCCGUUGUUGAAUUUAAACAUAGGGAAGGGGCAAAUAAAUGUAUUGACAACAUGCACCGAACAGAACUUCAUGAUCGUUUGAUUAUUGCAAAGGAGAUUAGAGAUCCAAUUGCUUUCUUCCGCAAAGUAAAAGAAGACACUGGAAUUGAUUUUCUUGGUGGCGGUGAUCGUCCUGAACGUACUCGAGGAGCAGCUUCUGCUUUGAAUCGUGAUGGUGUCAGCACUAGUUUAAGUAUUAACGAAAGCGAAACUUUUGGUUUAAGUCCUUCGUUUUUGCGUCAAUUGGGAAUUGGAACACCUCUUUGCAACCGAGUUUUUGUCACAAAUAUUCCCUAUAAUUGUACUGUUGGCCGUCUUUUUGAUAUUUGUGCAUUAGCUGGAAAAGUAACAUGGAUGGAUCUACAGAUGGACAAAGAGGGAAAAACAAAAGGAAUGGCUGUUUGUGAAUAUUCGCAUCCUAUAGAAGCUGUUCAGGCUGUCUCAAUGUUGAAUGGGCAACGACUUUUGGAUAGAACUUUGGCUGUUCGAAUGGAUCGAUAUCCGAAGGAUAUUGAAAGACGCGACCCUGGUGGACUUCCGUUUGGUCUUCGUGGUGUUGGAAUGGGUUUGGGUGCGAAUGGAGCUCCUCUCACAGAUGUUGCCAGUGUUCUUUCAAAUAUGAAUUCUGUCCCAGUUUCCACUCCAAUUAAUGGAACCGUUGCUCCAGUAGCUACUCCUUUGUUGGCUACAGCUGUACCUGCCCCUUUGAGUUGGGGAGGAAUAACUAACCAAGUACCAAUACAAACCCUUCAACAAGUAAUUCCUCAACAAGAACAACAGAUUGGACAUUUUCAGUUUGAAUAUGGAAAUGGCAGUGGUUUUGGGUCGAUUGGUGGUUCUGCUUCUUCAGGUGGUGGAGGAAAUUAUGAAGUUUCUCGCAUUAUCCUCAUUAAAAAUUUGCCAGUCGACUAUACUUGGCAAAUUGUUAGUGAUCGCGUUCAGCAAUUUGGUGAUCUUGAAUCUGUCGAAAUGAUAACCCCAGGUGUCGCUAAAGUUCGUUUUGUUCAAUUAAAAGAUGCUGAAAGAGCUAAGGCUGCUUUACAAGGAACAACAGUCGAAGGGAGAAUGAUUAACAUUGAAUAUUUAUGA